AUGCAGACUGCUUCUACAGACAUUUGUGAAAGAAUGGGUCACUCUCAGGAGCUCAGUGAAUUCAAGCGUGGUACCGUGAUAGGUUGCCACCUGUGCAAUAAGUCCAUCCACGAAAUUUCCUUGCUACUAAUUCCACAAUCAACUGUUAGUGGUAUUAUAACAAAGUGGAAGCAACUGGCAACAACAGCAACUCAGCCACCAAGUGAGCGGGUCCGUGCAUACUGAAGCACACAGUGCGCAGAAGUCGCCAACUGUCUGCAGAGUCAAUAGCUAAAGAACUCCAAACUUUGUGUGGCCUUCAGAUUAGCACAACAUUAGUGCAUAGAGAGCUUCAUGGAAUGGGUUUCUAUGGCUGA